GCGGGCACAGCACGUUCUUCGGUUUGCUGAACACGUUCGUUCACAUCGUGAUGUAUUUCUACUACUUCCUCACUGCCCUCGGCCCGCAAGUACAAAAGUACCUUUGGUGGAAAAAGUACCUCACUUCUUUCCAAAUGGUGCAAUUCGUGGCGAUUAUGCUGCAUGCAUUCCAGCUGCUGUUCAUUGACUGCAACUAUCCGAGAGUCUUCGCCUGGUGGAUCGGAUCGCACGCUGUUCUCUUCUUCUUCCUCUUCAAGGACUUCUACCAAAAAUCCUACAAGAACGCGAGGAACGCUUCGAGAGCCAAGAGGGAAAAAAUCGAGAGCAGCCAGGCGCUUCAUCAAAAUGGUCUUUCCAAGCAAAAUGGGGCUGUGAACGGAGUCCUGAAGGCAAAUGGUGUUGUUAAAGUUGCCAGUGAUUACUAUGUUAACGGUGUCGACGGAUCAACGGAGUUGCAUCAACGGUUAAAACAGCAAUGACCGGUUGGUAGGAUUAUUUAGUGAUUGAAAACUGUUUUAAAUUAGUCAGUCGAAGUUAGGGAAUCCACAUUUUAUUAGCACUUGGUGCACCAAUGGAGCCUUUUCUGCUGAAUUUAAGUCGCCCAGCUCGUCCCCCCCCCNCCCGUAGACUGAACCCUUUUGGAUUGAUUUGCCAAGACAGAAAAGAAACAAAAAUUGAAGAGAAAUAAAGCAAGCCUUUAGGAAAUACAGCACUUUCGGAAAUUCUUUACACUACCGUGUGCUGUGGCACGAGCACAUGCUCGCACGCACGGUACGCGCAGCCGAAAAUCACAUACUGCUCAGCCAUGUUGCCGAACUGCCACCAAAGUAGAAAAUCUCAGUGGAAACACAAUACUAAUUCAUUCAAGGUUGAAAACUUAGCAGAAUUACGUCCGUACAGGAAAUAGCAGACGACACUGACGAGCUCAUAUGUGCUUUGAUUGCGUUGAUGAUUGUGCGCUUAAAAGUAUAAUAAAUUAUUUGUUUACAUAAAAGGGUUAAGGAAGUGGUAAUGUAGUACUGGCAACUACGCGAAGAGCUGAACCAUCAUGGCGACAGUUUUGUUUUGGAAAUUGGUGAAUCUCAAAAAGUAGAGGAAAAAUGUUGUUUGUUACGAGAUUUUCUAUAAGGUGAGCAUCGUACUACCAGGCUGUUGUGUAAAGAAUAACCGCACUUUCAUCUAAAUAGUUCCCUGUGCCAUCUAAAGUCGCCCACAAAAAUUGACUCAUCCUUCAAAAAAUCAAAAAGUGUUUUUCACACGAAUGUCUAUUUACUGAACGGGGCUGAGUGCGCUGUUGCCGUGUGCAUAGUAAUAUUUGACGUCAUUCUGUCAAGCAUUUACCCAUGUUUCCUAUAGAUGUGAAUCUAAUUUUUUUUACUAUUCUGAAGGAAUAAUGUUUUAAGUACACAGGUGCUACAAGCAACAAAUCAUGAAGGGUUUGCUCUAUUUCUCCAUGUAAAGCGGAAUUAAUUGAUUGAAUAAACGCUGUUGAGCGGAACGCCAUUGGAUUCCCGAUCUCCUUUAAAUAAACGGUUGCAUGGAAAAUAAUCUAGUCUGAUAAUACUUAAUUACAUAGAUUUCUCGACAGCUAUUAUGAAACCCUUAAAUUUUUAUUGAUUUU